AUGAAACUUUUUUUCAGGGCUUCGAAAGGCGCAGUGAUUUAUAGGAUAGAACCGGAAAAUGUUCCAUUUGAUGUUACGCCAUUUUCCGGUGAUGUGUUCAGUCGUUACGGUGUCCCAAAUGGUCGCUAUUUCUUUAAUGUUGUUGCUACGGAUUCGCUUGCUCGGGAAGCUCGUGCUAAUGUAAGGAUUCUGGUUGGCCCACGGAUCGACCCAAAGCGUCAGUUCAAACAAUCGCAAUCGAAAAACUCCACAAAUCCACAGAAAUCUGACAUAUUAAAAGUACGGUCGAGAAGAACCAAGCGAGAUCUCGGCAACGAUAUUGUGCUCACAUUAAAAGAAUCUCACCCGCUUGGACUGCUGAAGAAACAAAUACCACUUGACCCGGACGAAAAAAUACCACUUGCACCGUUGACAACGGAUUAUUUACGAAUACAUGGUAAUGGGUCGCUGGAGCUCAUCAAGGCAUUAAAUUAUGAAUUGGAAGCGUUCCAUCAAGCAGCUGUACAGAUUAGCGGUCAGUUCAAAGGUUAG